AAACAGUAAAAAGCAAAAUGUCCUCCACCGUUCGAGAUGGUGCGAGCUGCAAGUCAAGUGCAACCAAUUUAUCGUGAUUUCUAUUUCUGUAAAUAGCUAAGGUAUAUUUACUCGCGUUAUUGUGUUGCUAGAGUGAAAAUUAUAAGUUUCUGUUGUGGAAUUUUUAAUUAAUAAAGAAACGAUGAUUGAUCUGACGGUGAAGACGCUGGAUUCACGAAAUCAUUCCUUUUCUUUAGAGGAUGAUAUCACUGUGCAGGAAUUCAAAGAACAAAUAGCAGAGUCUGUAGCAGUACCUGCCGAUUCUCAACGACUCAUUUAUUGUGGCAGAGUCUUGCAGAAUGAAAAAAAGCUUAUUGAUUAUGAUGUUAAUGGAAAAGUCAUCCAUUUGGUACAACGAGCACCACCGCAAUCGGGUCAACGAGGUAAUAGUAGCGGUCAGGGACAGAGCCAAGAUCAAGGUCAAAGUCAGGGUCAAAGUACCAAUUCCCAUAGACCUCACUUUCGCCAUGCUCGGGCCCAAGUUCGUCUUCCCAGAAUUAACGGAAAUGCUAUGUACUUGGGUGCCAUGUCUUUUCCGGCUGAUGCCGAGGGGCCAGGUAUUCCUAGACCACAAAUUUACAAUCGACAGCCACAGACGUUAUUGGAAUUGGUAGAUGACAUGCUAUUGAAAGCUAAUCGCUCACUGCAUCUCCUAGAGAAUCCAUCUUCGGCACCUGCUCAAGAUCAGCAGCCAUCGGAGCAACAACAGGAACCAGAACAGGAACAGGAUCAAGAACAAGAUCAAGAACAGGAACAAGACGAUGGCAGUUUUGAAAUUGGCGGUGGUGCCACGGGUGGUGGUUUUGCUCAGGCAGCGUCCGCAGCGAUAAAUGCCGCGCUUUCUGCUGCAGGAUUUAAUCACGCUGCUCUGUCUACAGCGGCACUCAGCAGCAUGACUUUUCUUGGUCCACAAAGUGAUGGUGCUAAUCCUGCAAUAAUACACAUACAAAGAAAUACUGACGAUGCAGAUUCUGGAAUGGCGGUACACUUGAAUUCUAUCCUUCAAUCUUCACUUGCACAACAACAACCGCAAGAACAGCAACAGUCACCAUCGGUGCCACUACCACAGCAACAACAAGAACAACCACAGCCACAACAAUCACCACAGUCUCAACAACCAGCACAACCACAACAACAACCACAGCAACAAACCGCAGCUAACGGACAGUUUAAUGCUGCACCACAACGUCCUGUAUUGCCAGCACCCGGGCCGCAUCAGCUGAGGCCACGAAUAAGUCAUCUUUGUCAAACUCAUGACCGUCUCAGGCCGUAUUUGGAGCGUUAUCGUGAUUUGAUGGAAGCUGACCCACCGGUGGCUGAAGGAGUGACAGAAGGACCUGACAGUGUUGCGGAACGCCAACGACUUGUCAAUCGCGUUAGCGAAAGCUUGCACCAUUUGGCUCACGCGUCUCAUGCAUUGAGCGAUAUUAUCGUCGAUAUGAAUGAACCUCCACCGAGAACUUUACGUUGCAGACCAUUUGUAUCACCAGAGUCGGCCUUACUGCAGGCAGGGAUGCCGAUACAAGUUGAGGCGCAUAUAAGUUUACAUGGGCGGAAUCAAAACGUUAAUAAUAACAAUGAAGGUGCUCACUCGACGGCACCAGUGCCUGGCACAACUCCUGCAGCUGCCAGUUCUGCUGAAAACAGUGAACCGGCAACCGAAUCCAAUGAUACCACUAAUACAAAUCAACAAUCGGAACCAGCUAGUAAUCAACAACAACAAACUUUUGGUACGGUCUUCAAUGUUCCUCACAAUGUCGAAGUUCUUAUGGAAAUGGGACCAGAUAUCACCGUCACUGGACAAAAUCAAGCAAACGCAAACAGAAACAAUAAUAAUAAUCGCAAUCCAGCAGGUGGAUUCCCAUGGGGAGCUUCACCACCACCUGAAUUACUACGUCGAAUGAUAAUGCAACUCAUCGCAGGACGGAUGGGACCGGGAGUGACAACGGUAACAGCUCCGAUUCCGACUACUUCUGCUGCUCCAGCGACGGGUGAACAGCAAUCAACGAAUAGCGAUGGGGCUCCGAUUGUAACAACAGUUACUAUGGAGGGGUCUGAUUCUAAUCCUGGCCAAAGUACGCAGGCUAGAGGAAACUCUGGAACGCAUCCCACCACUUCGACGCAGACCCGCAGCACUCCACGUCCCCAUGUUUUUCACUCCAAUACUAUCCACUUGCGAAUGUUUGAUCCCUUUUUACGCUGCAAUUCUCACCACAUCCGCCACUCUAAUACCGCACCCAUACUUCCCUCCAAUACUUCGAGCACUUUCAACAUAGUUUCCGGUCAACAGCAACAAACCAAUUCCAACUCAGCAGCCAACGAUCAAACUCAAACGGCAACCUCCUCGUCAAAUUUGGGUGCCAAUCCUCCUACGAGUGAAACAAAUAGCAGCACCGGUAACGCGCCAUCUGCUACACCUCAGCAAGCUGCUAAUCCUUUAGUAAAUUUGCUGACGCAAAUUCUUGGCGGCAUAGGUGCCCAGCCCGGUCAAAUGCAAACAACGUCUGGUGGAUGGAUGCCACUAUUUACUGGAAGAAUUCCCGUCCUUCAGAAUUUGUUGGGCAACGGAUCUAAUCAAGCUGGAGGUGGAAUGACAUUGAUUGAUUUGCUUCAAAAUACUCCUGGACUCGGCGUCUCUGCAAAUAUUGGAAUGAUCAAUCCGUUAAGAAUGGGUCAAAAUAUUCAGGGAGAAGAUCUCCUCCUUGACCUAGUCUUCACAGUGGCGCAAAGCAUAACUCUCGAAGGAUGGGAAUCGCAUCAAAUGGGACACUGGGAACCUUUGGCUGGUAUCAGACGACCCAUACGAGAAUUCUUCCAAAAUUUCUUUGGAUCCACUUCUUUAUCCGGAUCUGAAGAUCGUGUCGUCGAUCGUCUAAUCAGCGAGUUACAGCCUACGUUAAAUCAAUUGCUCGUUGAAGACACGAAUACGCGCAAUGGAACAGAAAGAGGAGUCGAUAUCCCAGCAACUAUCGAACGUCUGUUACGACGACAUUUUCUCAACAUACUCCGCCUGUUAUUUGACAACGACGUGGAUGAUACCCGUUUUGCGCAAGGUCUUCUAGCGAGCAUAAAAACCUUACAAACAGAAGCCUGUUCGGUCCUUCAAUAUUGCUUCCGAGGAAGGCAACUUCGCAUAGAAACUGUUGCCCAACGUAUAAUCACGAGAGUGACGGAGGGCGUCGAACCUGGUGUACGUCAAUGGAUCAUCAAUAGUUGCGUGUCGCUCGUUUGCUCCUACUUGGCUCACAUGAUCCAACUGCCAGAUGACGAAGUGGUACCACUUCUCGUUCUCAGAACUGUUUCCAGAUCUCCACCGGCUACGCCGUUAGUUCAACAAUACGUAACACAACAGACUCAAUCGGAACCGGAGCCUAUGGAAACCGAUGCAGUGGAGGAAAGAGUCGAUGCAGGUAUCGUGGAUGCUGAGGAAGGUGCAACAUUUCCUGGUCAUGAUGCACUGCCUUCGGAUUGGGUCCCAAUUAUCGCACGGGACGGUGUCAGGCAACGUCACCAACUUCAAGUACAAAUGCAUAGUCAGGGGAUGGGAGAGAGUGGGGUGGGUGGUUUCAGUGACGCUUACUUAGGAGGUAUGCCUAGUAAGCGGAGAAAACUAAUAGAGCAACAAAAACCGAGGAUACUUUUAAGCCCGACGCCGAAUCACUCGGCGGUAUCGAUAUCGGUGGAACGUUUGACCAGAGAAAGCAUCGGGCGAGCGGGAGUCGAAGAAGUCGAGGGUGUUGGGGCGACUGUCGCUGCUGAUGUGGGAGUGAGACGGGCGUUCGGACAAGCCAUAAGAGGCUGUCUUCAUCAACACCCUCAACGACAAACAGCUCCCGAUUUUCCAGAUCCGCUGCGAUUCCCAAAUGCGACAAAGUACUUUGCUAAGAAAGAUGAAACUUCAAAAAAAUGAUAUUUCAAAUAGUUGGAUAAACUUCCGAAAAGCGCAUACCGCCGAUCGAUCUGAAAUUUGGUAUAAUGAUGUAUUUUGACCCCCUAAUCAGGAAUAUCAUAAUGAAAAUUAGCGCAAACACCAUUUUGAAUUUGAAAAACGAAGGAGAACUUCUUUUCGCUCAGUGUGAAUAAUCGCGCAUUCCUAACCGAUUUAGACUAUUUUAGUUUCCCCCAGAAAGGAUAUGUGGGAUAGUCUUAAUCAGUUAGGAAUGCGCCAUUAUUCACACCGAGCGAAAAGAGGUCCUCCUUCGUUUUUCAUAUUUAAAAUGGUGUUUGCGCCAAUUUUCUUUACGAUAUUCGUGAUAAGGAGGUCAAACACGUUAUUAUACCAAAUUUCAGAUCGAUCGGCGGUACGCGUUUUUCGGAAGUACACCCAAAUAGUUGAAAACUUUUAACUAUUACACGCUAUUAUUUAGACUAUCAUAAUUGUUAUAACCACUAAAUACUAUUACCAAUUCUACCACCAAAAUAAAACCUCUGACACUUGCAUUAUUACCUACUUACGACUAGCAUAAAUUGCUCCACCAGCGCAAAUAUUGGUCAUUACAAUUAGAAAUGUAUUGUUUAUUGUAUGUAAUUGUUGUUACCAUCAUUGCAUACUACACCUAAUAAUAAUCAGUUGUAAGUC